GCCGAGGGCCGCGGCCGCCAGCAGCAGGCGGGUGACUGCUCGGAAGGCAGCCGUGCUGCUUGCUGCAGUGGUAGAGCUGAGGCCUCCUCAGUGGACAGCAGUAGCACAAUUCGUGCGCUGCUUUUGACUCGAGCGUGCUGCGAGUGCUGAAGUCAAGAAGCAGCGUGCGAGUUGCAAUCGAUGCGUUACACCUGGCCAACUUUGUGCAAUGCAAUGCAAAAGUCUUUGAUGGCAAGACUGCAAAGCAGACCCGCACGACGAGGGUUCCUAUCUAGUAUCUACAGGACGGUUAGGCAGCGAGGAACUCGGCGACCGCCGGGUUCCGCCAGUCCCUAGCUGCAUCAUCAAAGUGGACGUCGAAAUCAACCACCGACACGCCCGCGUCGGCCGCCUCGACAAACGCCGACGACGGCGCGCAGGCCACGGCUCGCGGUUGGUCGCAAUUCGAUCCGCCGUAGCACGUCAGCGCGUGGUCCGACGGGUCCGCGAGGCGCCUAUUGCUGAUCUGGAGCACAACGACGGGCGCGCCGCCGGAUUGGGCCGCGAGCGCCGCCGCGACCGAGGGCGCGUGCUUCGGCGGCGCCUCGUCCCGCAGAUGGGCGGCCGCGCAGUAGUAGCCGCAGACGUAGAGAUUCUGUGCCGCGGCGUGCGCCGCCGCGUGCGCGCUUGCCGUUUCGAGCGCGCCGCCCAAGGACCCGUUGUGGAACCCCGGCACGACAUCUGUAAUCUCGACGCCGUCGCCCCGCCGCGCACCAAGACAAAAACCGUCGACCGCGCAGUGCGGGUACUGCUGCGCGUGGAGCAGCAUCUUCGUGUACGCCAAUUCAUUGACCGAGGCCAUGGUCCGCUGUCGCGCGCGUCUGCUGCUGUCGAGCCGAGCCGGCGGCAAGCUAUGCCGCCGCAAAAAUUGAUCGAGCCGGCGGUGAAGCUGCCGCCGCAGCAAAAAUUGAUCGAAUGGCGCUAUCGGUCUCUCGACUACAAGCGCGGGCCGCCGUAAGCCACAAAGUGUCGACCG